CAUUUUCAUAAAAAGGACGCGCAAAAGGGUUUUUGUUUGCGCAAACCCGUUUUCAGUGAAAUCCGCUUUUCCGAAAUAAUCAGAAUGUCAACACCGUUGCGGAAGUCGCUCCUCCCUCAGACGCCAAAGCAUGCCACCAACGAUGAUGAGGCGGAACGCCGGAGAGGCCGAUCGGUGGUUUCGCUGGACGAGUCGGCCUCGUCGGCGAGCAGCAGCGCCGCUGCGGACAACGAGAAUAUCAAAAUGUGUUUAAAGCUGUACUCCGAUAACAAACUCAGCAAGGAUAAUGCUUGGUCGUUGACGAUCAUCGACAGCUUCGCGAAGCUGAUUUCGCGGCACUCGAAGACGCUGCAAAACUUCCAGGUGGCCGGCUCAACGCUCGAGGCCUCGACGAAGGUGUACGGCCUGCGUGUAGACUCCGUGCAUACGGAUGUGAUGCGCAUGUGCUCGGAGCUCACGCGCCAAACGGCCCGUGCCAUGAACAACAACGCCGCGGAUGAAGAUGAUGCUGCCGGUGAUGGUGAUGGCGGUGACGCCGAUGCCUCGAUGGCCGAAGGCGUCAACAAGGAAAACGAAGGCGGCGGUGGACAGCAAUCGAGAGCGAAGAAGAAACGAGCCCGGAAAAUGGUCAGCACGGUAACCAAGUCGAAGGAAUCGAUCAACGCACAGCUCGAUACGAUUCCGUUUACGGAUCCAUUCUUCGCGAAACUUAACUCCGUCGUGGGAGACGUGAACAGUUCCAGUCGCUUGAUGCAGAAUAUCAUUCCUACGAAAUUGGCCGAUCUGCGACUGCGCAUGGACUAUCCGUUUUGGGAUGCGCAGGAAUCGCCAAACCUGGAUUUGGAUUGUGAGCCGGAUUUGCCGACCGAUGAAACGGAUCUGUGUACGAUUCAUGCACGGCCGAUCGGACCGGACAAUCGGUUGCACGAGUUACGCAGUGGGUACGUCAUAACGGACGCUCCGGCUGAGGAGGACGAGGAUGAUGAGGUGGGCGGUCUCGCGCAUCUGAACGAUUCUAAUGCUCGUGCCUACGAUGCAACGCUUCUGAAUCGUUCGGCACUGGAAAUGCAGUUCGAUAUCGACGCGGACGUGGAACCAGUACCGUCCGGGGAUGCGUUCAUAAUCGAUUACGACGCGAAAGACAUCGAUGGAAACGACGACUUCGCGGAAGAUGAUGAACGGGCGCUGAGACAGUGCAAGGGAUUGAUGCGCAAAAUGAUCCAUAUCGAAGAUAUGCGACCGGUGGAUACGUCCUGUUCGCAGCUCGAGUACUCGUACCGGCCGCUCGACCAUAUCUCCCAGUUUUGGGCUGGACCGGCUCAUUGGAAGUUCAAGCGAUCGAUAGUGCCCCGUAGAACGAUAUUGGCACAUUUGGGUAGUGAAAGUUCAUCGACCAGCGGUCCAUCGGUGAAGAAACGCUCGACCGGUCGUAGACGGAAACGGUUCGAGCAGGACUCGUUGGACGAUGUGUUCAGUGUAUCCGAGCAGGUGUUCCAACCGUACAUCCCGGGCCGACCAUUAAAGGGCAUCAAUUGCCUGAAGAGCUCGAUCUGCAAAAAGUGGGAUUCAAAAAAGCUCAAACUGCCAACCGAUUACAAGCUGGAUCGUGAACGGUUCGAUAAAUGGCAGUAUGCGCGCGGGCUAACCAUACGAGAAAACCGGAACGUCGCUGUGGAGCUUUCUCCUUCUGAAGAGUAUAACUGCGAUGCAGGAGAUGAUCAGAUCUCGUGCGGUGUUGAUAUGGACGAUGGUCAAGAGAUGAACGGAAUGGAUAACGAUGUGGGAUUCCCUGCAGUCGUUCAACCAGGAGUCGAAGGCGAUGAAGCCCCAAGUCAGCCUCUUAAUCAGACCGUCGAUUUUAUCUCCACCGAGUUCAAAGGUGCACCUGAUAAGGUGGCCAAAAUUAAUAUCGCGUACGCCAAGACGGCUAAGGUGAUCGAUAUGAAGCAGCUCAAGUACAGCUGUUGGCGUGUUAUCAACUCGUACAUAACACCGGAAGAACCCGCAGCCACCCAACAAUCACAGCUGGCAGAGGACGAUCCACAGCUACCGCUUCCUCCUGCGACACAAUCCGCGGACGAUCGCCAGAUCAAAUUCAGCAAACUCUACCAGAAGGUACCCCAGCUGCUGAGCAAAUCCCAGAGUGAAAACAUCUCGAAAGCGCUCGCCUUUUACGCUGUCCUGCAUCUGGCCAACGAGAAAUCGUUGCGGCUUGAGGGACAGGCAGAUUUUAAAGAUUUCGUAAUCAUGAAAGCGGAAGAGUAGAUGGGUUGAUGGGUUGAUUUAUGUAUGCAAUUGGGGCCUACACGGAAACGGCAAUAAUGUAAUUUUGUAUAAACUCUGGCAUAGAUCAAUCUUAUCCCUAUUCCAAGCGGAAGAUCAAUCUUCUGCACCGGCAGUGAAGAGUAUAAUAAUAUAAGAUGCA